AUGGAGAAGCCGCCUAAGAUGGGAAAGUAUGACGGAAAGGGAGACCCCGACGAGUACAUGAAACUCAUCAAGGAUCGGUUGAAUGACUUGAGCGCUGAUGAAACAUCCAACUCUAAAUUAUUUGCAUUAACUCUUAUUGGAAUGACUAGGAAGUGGUUCAGUGGCUUACCAAACGGGAGCAUUGCUUGUGUUGAACAAGUAGAAAAUGUUGAUGGUGAUGUUGAUGUUGUUAUUUGCAUUGACACUGGCGAGGAAGGAGAUAAAGAGGGAUUGAAAUUUUCUAAUAAGAAAUUUUCUAAGGCUUGUGUUAAACAAUUAGAAAAUGUUUAUAAUGGUGAUGAUGAUGGUGAUGCUGAUGACAUUACCCACAUUGAUGUUAAAAAUGAGGAACAAAGUGGAGAUAUUGUUGGUGAAGGAGGUGAUGAUAGCCGUGGUGAUGAUGAUGGUGUAAAAUCUAUUCGAGGUUUACGUGUUGGGGAUGAACGUCAUUCUAUUAAACCAAAAAAGAAGAAGAUGAUGGAGAGGAAGGGAAGGGAUUUUAAAAAUGAAUUUGAUGAUUGUGAAGAAAGUGAGGAAAUUGAGACUAGUGAUGAAGAAUUUCAAGUUGAUAAUGUGAAUGAAGUUUUUAACAGUGAUGAUAGUUGUGGUGAUGAUGAUGAUGAUGUACAAUCUGUUCGAGGUUUACGUGUUAGGGAUGAAAGUGAUUCUAUUAAACCAAAGUAG